AUGCAAGUUUCUAUAGCAAACGACACGAAGCUCUACAAUCUUAGCUAUGGAAAAUCAGUGCCAGAGUGGUUAUCUUCACGUCAACGUCGAGAACUAUCAAAAAAGAAUCUUGACUAUCGACGUCGUAUCCAACUUAUCCAGAACUUUGAAAUGCCCGACGUGGCCAAUUGCAUGUCUAUCAGUAAGGAUAGGAGAUAUAUCUUUGCUGCCGGCACCUACAAGCCCUUCCUAAAAUGCUACGACGUCGAGCAAAUGUCGGAAAAAUUUGCGCGAGGGAUCGACGAGGAGAUAAUCAAGAUUCUGAAUUUGACAGACGACUUUCAGAAGUUCGUACUAUUGGAGCAACAGCGAUGGGUAGAGAUGCACUAUCCGCGUGGUCGCUACUUCCGGUUGCGUAUCCCGAAAUAUGGACGCGAUAUGGGCUUCAUCAACGAGCGCAGUGAGCUCGUGAUUUCGGCUAGCGGUGAUGAGGUCUAUCGGCUAAAUCUGGAACAAGGCGAAUUCCUGGAGCCUUAUCGAUUGCAAGGCGGAAGCGGAACAGCAUUGGCGGUUGCCGAAUGGCAUCAAUUAAUGUCGGUCGGCACUACUGAAGGAACGGUGGAAUGCUGGGAUCAUCGUGACAAGUCUCGCGCCGGUGUCCUCGAGCUGAGGCAGGGAUUGGCUGAUGAAAUCAGGGGAACUUCGGCAGUGACGGCUCUAACAUUCCGGGAUCCGCUGUGUUUUGGCGUCGGGACGGCCAGUGGCCACGUUUUGCUCUACGACAUCCGCUCGUCUCGCCCGCUGUUGGUCAAGGACUCUCAGAACGAGCUGCCGAUCAGACGCAUCGAAUUUGUUCGGCGCGAAGAAGACGAUCUCGUGCUCUCGAUGGACAACCGCGCUCUGAAAAUUUGGGAAGAACGAAAUGGACGGGCGGUGACGGCCAUCGAACCGGAAGCGCCGAUUAACGACUUUGUGCGCUAUCCGGAUUCGGGCUUGAUUUUUAUGGCUGCAGAAAGCUCGAAGAUGUUGCAAUAUUUCGCGCCGCUUCUCGGACCAGCUCCGAAAUGGUGCUCCUUCCUCGAGGCCAUCACCGAGGAAUUGGAAGAAAGCGAAAAGACGGCAGUUUACGACGACUACAAAUUUGUCACCGAGGCCCAGUUGGACGAGCUCGGCCUCAAGCAUCUUAUUGGAUCUCCGUUGCUUAGAGCGUACAUGCACGGCUACUUUAUCGACAUCCGGCUGUACAACAAGGCCAAGACGAAGGCCCAACCGUUCGCUUUUGACAACUACAAGAAACGAAAGAUCACUGAGGCUGUUGAAAAUGAGCGCGAGGCUGGCGCUGUCGGCGUCAAGUUGAGGAAGGUCGAGCCGCGCGUCAAAUUCAACAAGGAACUGGCUGAAAAACUGACUUCUGAUGCCUCGGCGCUGCAGAGCAAGAAGAAGGUCGUCAAGGAGAAGGCUUUGGCCGCUUCUGAACUGCUCGGUGAUGAUCGAUUCACGAAGCUGUUCGAGAGCGAGGACUUCCAGGUGGAUGAGUCUAGCGAGGUGUUCCAACGUAUGGCCGCUUGGAUGAAGAAGCGCGACGAGAUCAAGCGAGGUCGGAAGGACGAGCCGUCGGAUGUGGAAGAAGACGAAGAAAGUGAUCAUGAACCUCAAACCGACUACAUGGCCGGCGCCAGCGACGACGACGCUUCAAAUGACGGGCGCGCGCUUCAGAAUGGAAAUGACGAUGAGGGUGACGAGGAAGAUGCCGAGAGCAGCGACGAGGAGGACGACGAUCAGCAGCAGGAAAGGGAGCAGCAGAAGAAGGCCGAGAUGAACCGCAAGAAACGGGAGGCCGAGGCGCGCCGCCUCAGCCAGCUGCGCGAGGAGCAGGAAGCGAAGAAGGCCAACCGGCCCACGAAGUUCAAGCUGUACUCGUUGGAGCCGGGCGAGGGCACCGACCGAUUCGUGAAGGGAAUGGGCGCCGAGGAUGAGAAGACGAUCAACAUGGCCAAGCGGCGCGCCACGCUGAAGAAGGAGGGCGCCCUGCUGCAAGUCGAGGAGGCGCCGUUCGGUGGUAGGAGCGUCACAUUCACCACCACCGUGAAGACGAACGAGCCCCGCCGGGUCGACCAGAAGCUCGAAGAGCACAAGAAGGAGCGCAAGGAGGUGCGCCGCGCGGCCACCAAGCUCUCCCGGGCCCUCGACCGGAAGCACGGCGCGUGGAGGAAACAGAAA